GCAAUACGAACCAACCAAUCAGCUGGGGGAAGAAUGGGAAGUGGCGGAUUUGAAAGUACUGCAGAAUAAACAGUCGCUUGAAGAGUGAAAAAUUAUUACAGCUAGCUAAAUAUCGAAUUCAAUUUCGUAAGAUAUGGAAGAGGAGGAGCACACGGACAGGCAAAUGCAGCUUGCAAUGCUGAGUCAAAAACUACUGAGCAUUAAAACCAGAUAUCUCAGUGAAGAUAACACCGACAACAUAAACCAGAUCAUCAGCUCGAACUCACCAGAUACCUGCUGCGCGUAUUUGCUGAAUCUGGAGAAGAAGGGGAAUCCACACACCGACUCCACCUUUCUCACCAGGCUAAUCGACUACUACACUAGGGUGUUCUCCAACCUACCACUUGCAAAGCACAGCCAGAAUGAGAGUUACGCGAGGAUCCUUGUUCGGUUCGCACAACUGAAAGCAAUUCACGACCCAGACGAGGCACGUGACCAUUUCACACUGGCAAGAUCCAAUUGCAAGGCCUUCUCCUUUGUGCAUAUCGCUCAUGCUCAUUUUGAGCUCUCUCAGGGAAAUGCAAAGAAAAGUGUUUCAAUACUGCAGAGGGCCUCUGAGGUGAAUGCCAAACCCACAGAGCUGCUGGAGAUUGCCUUACAAAAUCUAAAAGCAGGGAAAACCGGACUUCUGUCCUCAGAAGAUAAAGAGAACCUGAUGGUUCCUGUGACCUCAAACUCGCAAGAAUCCAGGAAAGACCACGUGGAGUUUCACAAAGUGACCCCCGGUUCAGACGGAAGUGGCGAACUCCAGCUGGGCAGUGCGUUAUGUCCGGGGGUCGAUCAGAAUUGUGCUUCACAGGAAGUCCCAGUGGCAGUCUGGAGAUCUGGGCCACAAAGGACGAGAAUCUACAACAUGCCAGGGAGAGUUCCCGUCCUGCCUUUCCCCAUCCCAGAGGCUGAAGGAAGUGAAGACGAUGGUGGGCAGAUGAAGAAGAGCAACACUUCCUAUUCGUGCAGCAGCAUGACCAGGCAAACAUCUGGAUCAAGAGCCAACCCCUUAUUUCCCUUUUCUUCGUCCAAAAAGAGCAGUGGAGAUGGGGACUCCUACAGCUUGCUGAACCUAAAGCCGUCCAUCAUAAGUCCAGAACCACACCCAUGGGAGGAUUCGGUAGCUGCUGACUCCACCACUGCACUCCUGUGCAGGCCAGACAGGAAGGUUUCCACCAGAGCAGAAGUUUACACAGAGAACCUAAACCAGGUCAUCAGCUCGUGCUCUCCUGAGUCGUGCUGGGCUUAUCUGCAGAAUCUGGAGAAGAAGGGCAAUCCGCACACGGACUCCAGCCUUCUUACCAAGCUGAUCGACUACUAUUCCCGUGUCUUCUCCAGUCUGCCCCUGGACAAAUACAGGCAGAACGAGAGCUAUGCCAGGAUGCUGGUCAGAUUCGCUGAGCUCAAGGCAAUUGAAGAUGAUGAUGAGGCUCAGGACAAUUUCAUAAUCGCCAGGUCCAACUGCAAGAGCUUUGCCUUCGUUCAUAUUGCACAUGCUCAGUUCAAGCUCUCUCAAGGAAAUGCAAAGAAAAGCGCUGCAAUACUGCAGAGAGCCUUUGAGGUGAAUGCCAGACCCACAGAGCUGCUGGAGAUGGCUUUACAUAAUCUCAAAGCAGGGAAAAGCAGACUCCUGUCCACUGACGAUAAAGAGAACCUAACAGGGGAACCCUUUUCUCACACGCCCAUGACAGGACAGAGUGAAACAAAGGAAAGGAUGGAGAACCAGUUAAAGCCCCCCACAAACUUGGGGCUGUACAAACCUGUGUGUAAUCCCCCGUCUGACUGGAAGAUUCCCGCCCGGAUUGGCCGACACAUUUCCCCCGAGGACAAAAGGUUACCGACCAAUCAGGUGCCCACUCCACGGAUAGCUGACCCGACGCCUGUUCCAUCAGUCCCGCCCCCAGCCAGAGUGAAUCCUUCCCUCACCUGUGACACACCCAAUCAGAAAUCCUUUCAUGCUAAUAGCUUUGUGACCCCGGUGGUGAAAAGGAACCCCCCAGUUAUGGCUUCAGUUCCACUUCCUCACCGUUUUGGGGCAUCCCAGCAGCCAUGUACACCUCUAAAUCAGGGGUGCCCCAUCCGGCCGACCCCACAGGGAUCUAUGCCUGCCUUGUCUAACGACUCCAUCACCAUAAAAGGCCGACAGUUCUUCAUAUUGAAAAUGAUUGGCCAGGGUGGAUCCAGUAAGGUGUACCAGGUGCUGGACCACAGGAAGCAGAUCUUUGCUGUGAAGUGUGUCAACCUAGAUGAAGCAGACACCCAGACAGUGGAGAGCUACAAGAACGAGAUUGAGCACCUGAACCACCUGCAGCAGUACAGUGACCAGAUCAUCAAGCUGUAUGACUAUGAGAUCACAAACAGCCACAUCUACAUGUUGAUGGAGUUCGGAAGCCUGGACCUCAACACUUGGCUACGGAACCGCAAGACCGUAAACCCGCUGGAGAGGAAGUUCUACUGGAAGAACAUGUUGGAAGCCGUCCAAACCAUUCAUAAACAUGGUAUUGUCCACAGUGACUUAAAGCCAGCUAAUUUCGUGAUUGUGAAUGCCUCACUGAAACUCAUCGACUUCGGCAUCUCCAACAAAAUCCAGCCAGACGUGACAAGCAUUGUCAAGGAUUCUCAGGUUGGGACACUGAACUACAUGCCCCCAGAGGCCAUCAAAGACCCAUCAUCCAAGUCUGGGAAGCCCAGCUCCAAGAUCAGUCCGAAAGGAGAUGUCUGGUCCCUGGGCUGCAUACUGUACUGCAUGACGUACGGAAAGACUCCUUUCCAGAAAAUCACCAACCAGUUCACUAAGAUGCACGCCAUUAUAGACCCAUCCCACGAGAUUGAGUUCCCCGACAUUGCCGAAAAAGACCUUCUGGAUGUUCUUCAGAAAUGCUUGGUGCGGAACCCAAAGGAGCGGAUCUCCAUCGCAGAGCUCCUGGCACACCGCUAUUUGCAGCUACAGCCACAAUUCGCCCCUGAUCCUGCUCAGCCCAGCAAUAAUGACCUGAAGCGUAUCCUCAAUGAGCUGGCAGCACUACAGUCGCCAAACAGCAUUGUUAGAGCAGCCAACAACUUGGCAAAAAUGUGCAACAGCGGCAAAAGACUGGACAUGUCCGAGUGUGUGAGGAGUUCCAACCAGUCCUGAGAGGAGUCACCUGACACUGCAGCGUCACUCACUCUGCUCUUACCUGAGGCCCUGUGGGAAACCAUGCAUGGUUAUUCUGGCUCCUGGAGGGCAGAAAGCACCACUAUUAUUCAACCCAGAGGCAUUUAUUCUGUAUUUUAGUUCUUUUUUUUUUGGUAUUCUAGCUGUAUUACAUUCCCUCUUUUAUGUGUAAAUGUAUGUAA